AUGGAGAAUCUACAGACGAAUGACCGAAAGCAUGCGAGAUUGGCCGCAGUAGAAGAAUUAACUGUGAAGGUUCUUGAUGAUACGGACAUCAAAGAAAAGUAUAGGGCUCCAUAUACUCUUACUGCUUACUCCAUAUACUCUUACUCCAUAUACUCUUACUGCUUACUAAGCGUGCUGAUCAGUUUUGUGCUUGGUCUCUCCAUUGGGGUCCUCAUCACAAGGCCGGACCCUCAAAGACAGACGGACAGGAUCACUACAGCCAGACAAGGAAGGCGUUUGGAUAUAGAAAACGUCUCAUAUACAGGAGUCGCAUUCGUAAACAACCACCGCUCUGAUUUCAAUAGACAAAUAUACCCGAAACAUUUGAACGACGAUCUGAGGGACAUAUUGAAAGAUAACAAAGGAACAAAUGUGAAUUUUCGACGGACGCCAAACGAGGACACCGUUUUAUAUGAUAAUGUUUAUUGGGGUCCCGAAAUCGAGAACUCCAUGCCGCAGGGCUAUGGCGAGAACAGCGCGGAGCUCUGGGAGAGAUACGUCGGCGGCAGCGAGGUAGUUAAGAUGGAAAUCGGUUGCGGCAGAAUGCAAAAUCGACUGGUAACGUUCCGGGACGGCAUCAGAGCCUGCGUUCGCUACAGACAAAACACCGAUCAAAUUCAAGGCGAGAUAUUCAGCUUCUACGUCGGCAGGCUGCUGAACCUGACCAAUCUCGCCCCUUCGGUGGUCAAGAUCGUCGAUCUGAAGGACAAACUGUGGAGGAACGUGGUCAACGACAUAGCAGCUGCUAAAUGGAGCAGGAACCGCGCGAUAGUACUGACACAGUACGUGCCUAGCUUGGAGCCAGCUCACAUACCGGACGUCUUCAAGUCUUCGACGCGCCACUUGAACAAAAUCGACGUUUACAACAUGUCGAACGAAGAGAACGAAACUAGCGACAUCACGAAAGAGCUAUUAAUAGAGAAAAUGAGGAUUAAAGACGUGAGAAGUAAAGCGAAAAACAUCGAAAAAUUUAGCAGAAUCGAUAUGAGACUGAACGACAAAACAGUGAAGUCGUUCUUGGAGCUAGCUCAGUGGUCGGACUUGAUUGUGUUUGAUUAUUUAACCGCCAAUUUGGACAGGAUAGUCAAUAACUUAUUUAAUUAUCAAUGGAACGAGAACAUCAUGAACGGGCCGGCCCAUAAUUUGGCCAAGAAGAUGGACAGCGGUCUUUUGGUGUUCCUCGACAACGAGUCUGGUCUUCUGCACGGCUAUAGGCUCCUGAAGAAAUACAACGUGUACCACAGCCUGUUGUUGGACAGUUUGUGUGUGUUCCGCAAAAGUACCAUAGACGCUUUAAAGCGAUUACAUUAUAAACAGGACGUUGGCGCGAAAUUGAGUGAUAUGUUCCAUUUGCGAAAUAGCGCUGUAGUCAGGGAUGUACUGCCCGCGUUGCCGGAGAAGAACUCGAAGGUUCUACACGAGAGAAUAGGCAGGGUAUUAAGUCAAGUGCAGAAAUGUGAGGAGGCAUUAAGAUAG